AUGAUCGACAUCUGCGCUGUGGGAUUCGGUGCAAUUGGCGCCCUAUAUGCGUACUGUCUUGACAAGAAUGAGAGCGUCAGAGUGACGGCGGUCUGUCGCUCGAACUACGACGUCCUUCAAGAACAUGGCCUGCACGUUGAGUCUGAGAAAUUCGGUUCAACUGCCUCCUGGAUGCCCUACCGAGUUGUCCGCUCCGUAGCGGAGGCUGCGGACAGACCUUACGCCUACGUCAUCUGCGCGUUCAAAUGUGUCCCAGAAGUGACCAGUACGCCCGCACUCCUUACCCCCCUUCUCAACGGUCUACGUUCUGCAAAAACACAAACACUCGAUCGUCCCACCACCUUCGUGCUCCUCCAAAACGGCAUAGGCAUCGAAGAUGACCUCAUCUCCGCCCUUGUGGACGUCGCCGCCCCGGCUGCAGUCGUGUCCGGGUGCUGCUGGGUCGACACUACCACAGUCGAUGGCGGGCGGAAGAUCACGCAACAUGGAAACGAGCGUUUGGUCCUGGGCUUCCACCGACCGACCUCCAACACAGGCCAGGUGUGGUUCUCAGAAGAUACUUCGAGGGAGGCACUGGAUGAACUAUGCACGUUGUUCCAGACGGGAGGCUCUGCGGUCGAGGCAGCACCCGAUACCGAUGUCGCUCGCUGGCGCAAGGUUCUCUGGAACGCCUCGUUCUCGACCAUCUGCACCCUGACGCGCGCGCACGUCGGCGCCGUGCUCGCGCUCGAACCCUCCCGUGCUGCGCUGCGCGACAUCAUGUUCGAGGUCCUUGCCGUCGCGCGCGCUUCGCUAGAACCCUCCUCUCUCGUCAACGAAGUUCUCUCGGAUGUCGUAGUGGAUGCAAUCAUCGAGCACGAAAACGCCGCAUCGAUCUUCCGCCCCUCGAUGCUCGUCGACCUAGACUGUGGGAGGCCGAUGGAAGUGCAGGCGAUCGUCGGAGGGGUCCUGAAGAGAGCGCGUGCAAACGGAGUGUCGACGCCGAAGCUAGAUUUGGUGUACGCGGGUCUCGAGGUCAUUCAAAACGGGUUGCUCAAGAAGACUUGA